CCACAAUAUAUUCCUUGUUGAUCGUUACUCGUUCUAUGCCUCUCGCCUGGGCCUGCUGCUCGAUUUAUCCCACUCAGAAAGAGCAGGCUGUUAUUGAGGCAGCAGAAUCUCUGAUGACUGAAACGAUGGCCCGGUACGACUCAUCUCACGACGCGUACCAUGUGCAACGUGUAAGAAAGACGGCCUUAAACAUAGCACGGUCUCUCUCUACCUUGGACCCUUCCGUUCAGCCGGACCUGCUCACCGUAGAACUCGCCGCCCUCCUACACGACGUCCUCGACAAGAAAUACGUGUCUGCAGCUGAAGCGGCGGAUCCAUACGCGUUCUUCUUGCCUUUCUUUCAGAAGCUUUCCGCAGCGCACUCCGUAGAUCUCGUACAUGAUGGUAGAGCAAGAACCAUCACGAAGAUUGUGGACAACGUCAGCUGGUCCACAGAAAAGAGACUCAGGGCGGAAGGGAACUGGGGCAAAUGGCAUCAAGGGUGCGUCGAGCUACACUGCGUGCAGGAUGCAGAUAGGCUGGAUGCUAUAGGAGCAUUUGGCAUCAUGCGUUGCGCCGCAUACAGCGCCGCGACAAAUCACGCACUGCACACGCCUCCGGACGAUCCUGCACUAUCCGCCUCUGCUGUCCAGCACUUCUAUGACAAACUCCUCCACAUCCGUGAGCGGCUGAAGACUGAGCCAGGCAAGCAAAUGGCCCACAAGCGUCACAAGCUGAUGUUGGACUUCUUGCAAGCAGUGGAUGACGAAUAUAACCUCGGCGUCUGAGAGCUGGGGCGAAUGUUCCGGGGGAUGCAUUCAUAUACUGGGCUGCAAGUUGAAGGUCACGAAGGUAUCGCCUUUGCAAUUGCGGUACUGUUCCAUCGACUCACAGAAUACAU